CGGGUGAUCAAUCCGUGCUUCCCACUCCAAGGCAUAGCUUCGUUGCACUGAGUUUACCAAGGAGUGCUCAGUGCCCGUGCUCCUGGCAUUGAAGGCUGUACAAGUGUGUUUGUAACAUUGUAGUGGUCGGAGAGUAGAAUCCCAAGAAACGGGAGGUAGCACACACAACGAGUCGAGUCAGCGCAGCUAGUGGAAGGUAGAUAAUAAAAAGAACAUGCUUGGACCAAGUAAGCACCUGUAAUUGCUUGCGAGGGGUGGUCAAGAAGCGUAGCAGGGGCGCCGGAUGCUGCUCUAUUUUUUGUUCGCUGCGCUGCAAGACAAAGUCUCUCAGAGUGGUCUUUUGCCGUGUAUAGUCGUGCCAAUGCCUGUUCACCCUAUAGCUGAUGCCGGAAAGGGGUCCUUGCGGAUGGAAUGGGAGCGGGAUUGAAGUCCGGACAAAAGUCGUCGUUGGCUGCCUGCUGAGUAGGCAUCUCUGAGCUGCCAGGUGCAUGUUGCGGGGUUGGUGCGAAAACCUAAGAGGUGAUCGUGUUCCACGGGCUCUAUUUCUACGGGAUGGUGGCCGUAGAAAUCUGGGUGCGACAGAGGAUAAAAUGUAUCUGUUGUCAACGUAUCUGGUGUUGAAAGAGAAAAGGGAGGGUUGUGUGAGAAAGGUGUGAUAGGUUUCAUGUCAAGUGAUCAACGUGAUCGCGACGUCGCAAAGUGCUGGUGAGAGUUGGCUGCCGACGCCCGCACCUUGAAUUUGUUGGCAAGAUGGCAAGAUGUGUUGCAGGCCUGGCAAAUGCACGUGUGAAAGGCCUGUUGAACAAUGGUGGGCAUGUGAGUGGUGUCAAGGGUGCGUUGCUGGCAGUGGUGUUUGUAAUGACGGCCGAUGUGAGAUUGUUGAAUGGGAUUGCCGGUGGUAUGAAUGUCAAUCGUGAGGGUGGUGGUGGUAUGUUGGAGCUGCCUUUUUGUGCAUCGACCAACCGGUGUUGGGGAACACUAUUGAAGAACCCCACUAGAUCAUCAUUGAUGGCCGACAGUUGCAGGUCCUCUGGUGUGGUGCGAAGAUGGUCAUGGAGUUGUUGCCAUAGGGUAGGGAUGGAUAGCUGACCGGGGAGCUGUGCAAGGUGUCGAUGAGGCUUGAGUUUGUUGCAAGUCAAUGACACCCACAAAUUGCGCUUGAAUGCAGAGUCAAGCAGAGAGUGCCGCUCCUAAAAGCAACAACGUGUUGGAGUGCUGUCGGGGGUCGCUUGAGCACACGAGCGAGUGAUAGGCCAUAUCGUGUUGCAUCUUCCUGUAGCUGUUCUUUUGUCACGUGCUCAUCCUUGAGGACCUGCAAGAUGCUGUUGAGUUUGGACCGUAGUGUUUUGUGAGCGGCUUCGCGGAUGCGGCAACAUGGGUGGGUGGACUGGAACGACCUGGUUAAAAUGAUUGCGGGUGAGAGAACUUCUCAGUGUUGGUGUGGAAGGAGUGGGCGAGAAAUGGAAUGGUGAGCGGUCAGUUGGUCUUGGGGAUGGUGAGGUUGUUCUGGAGUGCUGUUGCAAUGGAUGCGGCUGCUUGCAAGUGUGCCAAUAGGAGGCGGUGUGCAAUGGGGAUGUCCACUGGAGUAGUCAUGGCGAGAGCUCAAUGGCUGGGAGAUUCGGAUCUAGUUUGAACCGAUCACUGUCGAUGAGGCUUGGGCUUGUUACUUGACUAAGUCAUUGACAUCCACAAAGAUCAAAUAGCAUCGUGAGUGCAACAAUGUAAUUCAAAAAGGACCGUGUAUUCAACAACAAUGAAAUAUGAAAGAAAUCAGUGAUACAUAGUCCGAAUUAUGUGCAUGAUAAAAGCGGUUGUGUUUCAAACACAUGCAAAGAUCAAGGACUUUUUGUGGGCUCAUGUUUCGAUACUCAAGAAGGAAGUAAUGUCUCGCGGUGCAGGGACAACUAAUGUACAGAGUGCAAAUGAAUUAAUACAAAAGAGCGCAGGCGAAUCGCAGGAGCGCUGCUUGGCUCACGUAAGUUGGCCCAUACUUUGCUGCCUUUGGGGAUCUUUCCAAGAAACCAGGGGCCCGGCACUAGGUUUCCUCUACUAGGUCUAAUUAUCGUCGAUAUUUUGCCAGGAUUUUCAGCCUUGUUGCUUCUCCACCUGUUUCCACCGUCUGGAGGACGUGGCCAACGACGAUCCACCGCCGGGGCGGGCCGAGCGUAGGCGUGGAGUUCGGCCUGAUGCCUCAGCUGCGAGCUGCGCAGUGCGAGCUGUGCAGUGGAGACGACGGGCGGGCACAGUUCUUGGUGAAGAUGAGUGGAGCUGAGCUCGCGAAGAAUGGAUGAGAGGAGAGUCCAGACCAGAGAGUCAGAUGGAGUUGAUAUGAGUUGAUGAGAUGGAUUCCUCGUCUCCUCGAUGGGGCGCUGAAGAUAUCCGUUGAUGAGAUGGAUUGAAGAGACGAGAUGGAUGGCAACCUCCUCGGAAUGGAGGUCCACACUCUGCAGGAGAAUCUUCGGAGGUCCAACCACUGAGGCAACGAGGCUGACCGGAGAUCACCGGAGGGCA